CAGAACCAGCCAGCCCAACAUGGCUGUACAUGUUUCUUAUGUAACGUUAUACAUUUUAAUUUUAUGUAUUCAUAAUUUCAUACCCAAAGCCGCAGUCGAAAGGAGAUUCUCAGACUUCAAAAGAUGUGCAGACGAAGAAUGUAGUAGUAAGUACUUGGCGCUAAACUCACGCGAACUUUCAGGAUGCUUCCAUCGUUCAAUUCACUAUCCCCCACCUCAUCCCUAGCUAGUUUGACAGGCGUUAUCAUUGACCGGUUGCCAUUUCAAAGGGAUGAACUCGGCUAACCUAACUGUCGUUAGUAGUAAAUACCAAUAAAUAAUAACCUAAGCUUGCUUGGUUGUAGCCGAAGCGAACCCUCUGCCUGUGUUGGCUACUGCCUGGCUAGUCGCCCAAUUCUGGAAGUAGAGCAACGUACGCUAACGUUAGCUCAACUAUGUGUUUCUGUACUAACUAACGUUUUUUCUGUACUAACGAACGAGAUUUGGUUUGCAUAAUAAGCUGUAUUUAUGAAAUGCCCAAGAAGUACAACAAAGUAAAUAGUAGUCUGUUGACAGAACAAAUACACAUCCUGACAAUGCCAGUGAGAUUGCAAUGCAUGAAAAUGUACUCACUGUUUGAACCUCUGAAUGUUUCAAAAGAUGGGGAAAUGUCUGAUGCAGAGGAAGAGAAGACAUUCCUGCACUCUGUGGAGGACACAGACAAGGAUAACCUCACUGUGACAGAGACGGGUGAAGAGACUAACACACCUGAGAAGCCUGCCCAUGAUGAAGGUCACAAGAGACCAGAUAUGGACAUUGAGGAGGAUGGCAGGUACUUUAACAGAAACAAAGACAAUCAGCUGAGCUCUAAAACUCCAGAAGAAAUCCAGAGGGGCCCUCAAACUAUUUUGGAAAACAUCUUGGACAUGGGACUUAGUGUAGACAUGGAUCACCCUCCCUCAGGAUCUCUGGAGUCACCUGUCACUGAUUUCCAUGAAGAGGAGCAGAGUGGUUCAUCAUUCGUAUCAGUGCUAAUUUUAUCUGGUAGUCUCGUCACCCUGUUUUAUGAGUACCUUGGAAUAUAUGGUGUUAUGGUAAGUUACUUCAUGUAUUUCUCUCUUAUGAAUGGUCUUGCCUUCCUAUUGUAAUUGACUAACUGCCUGCAUUUAGUGCUUAGGACUCAAGGAUUCAUACUUAUUUUAUGUAGCCUAAUUAUUGCUGGGACAAUGCAUGUAUUUGUUUUGUUUUUUCAGGGGGGCUUUUUGCUUAAAAUUCAACAUAUUUUGGGUUCUACAGAGGUGCGUUCAGUUGAACGUUUGCUACGUUGCGGAACGGUUUGUACUAAACGACACUUUCCACAAAACGUUAUUGUAUGUUCUUGAACAGACAGGUACGUUUGCUCCAGUUUGAUGAGUGUGAAGAGGUGUGGCUUGAAGCAAUGAUGCCGCAUUCAAAGCUACUGAGAACUCGUGCCGCGUUCAAAACAACUGGGAAGUCGUAACUGGGAACUCGGAAAAAUCAGACUUCAGUGCGUUCAAAA